CCCGCACCAUGGGCAAUGCGCAAGAGCGGCCCUCAGAAACGAUCGAUCGCGAGCGGAAACGCCUGGUGGAGACGCUGCAGGCCGACUCGGGGCUGCUGCUGGAUGCACUGUUGGCGCGGGGCGUGCUCACCGGGCCCGAGUACGAGGCGCUGGACGCGCUGCCGGAUGCCGAGCGCAGGGUGCGCCGCCUGCUGCUGCUGGUGCAGAGCAAGGGCGAGGCCGCCUGCCAGGAGCUGCUGCAUUGCGCCCAGCGGACCACGCGGGCGUCCGACCCCGCCUGGGACUGGCAGCACGUGGGCACCGGCUACCGGGAACGCAGCUACGACACUCCAUGCCCUGGCCACUGGACACCCGAGGCACCUGGCUUGAGGACCACUUGCCCUGAACUGCCCAGAGCUUCAGACUGCGACGAGGCUGGGAUUCCCGGGGGCUCCGAGGCAGUGCAAUCCGGAACGCCCGGGGAACUCAAUCCGGAGCUGGAAGCUGGGGCCUCUGAUGAGGCUGGGCAGGAUUUGGAACCAGAACCAGAGGCAGAGGCAGAACCAGAACCUGAACUGGAGCCAGAUCCCGAACCCGAGCCAGAGCCUGAGGCGGGUGACGAGGCGGAUGAUGAGUCUGAAGAUUCCUGA